UCCGUGCAUGCGGCCGUAGGUACCGGAACUCACUUUCCGGGAGCUUUGCAGAAGUACCCACUGCUUUGCGUUGCUGAGUCUGCGGCAGAGACAGCUGUUCCCGUCCCGCCAGCCACCCCUGCCCUGAACAAUGGUGAAGUACGGCCUCGACUACACGCGGUGCAGAUGGAUCCUACCCCUGCUCCUAGGCAUAGGAGUCAUCUUUGGUAUCAUUGCGCUGGCGGGCAGGGGCUGGCUGGAGUCGCAGACCUUGCCCUACGUGCAGCAAGCGUCGUUAUGGCAGAACUGCAGGAGGCUGGGUGGGGAAUGGAGCUGCGAGUCCCUCAUGGGUUACGCUUGGGGAAGAGCUGCUGCUGCGACAUACCUGGUUGGCUUUCUACUUCUAGUCAUCUGUUUUGCUCUGGCCAUCAUAGCAUUUGCCAUUGACACACUUCGGUUCAACUUCAUACGUGGGAUUGGAGGCUUACUUUUUGUGGCUGCUGUGUUCUCCAUCAUGGGCCUGGUCAUUUAUCCAGUAAAGUUCUCAUCUGAAAUGGAAAUGACAGGAAUUAAUAUGUUCAGCUGGGCUUAUGGCUUUGGCUGGACCACCGCCAUUAUGGAAAUAUGCUUGGGAUUCUUCUUCUGCUGCCUUCCUAACUAUGAAGAUCAGAUCUUGGGUAAUGUGAAGCCCACGUAUUUUUACUCUUCCCCAUAAGCACCUGGAAAACUGUUUUCAUAUUCCAGAGAUAUCUGACAGACUAGCUAUGUUUUUCAGAAUAUUGUCAUCAGAUGUUAGUAGAAAAGGCUGGAAACUUUUCAAAUGUAAAAAAAAUGGCACUGGCAUCUGCAAUAAAGUUAUUUACUCUA